CACGGGCCGGACCGGGCCGGGACUCGGAGCGGUUCCGGGUCAGGUGAGGUUGCCCAGGAGAUGAGUUCGGAGAAGGGGAAUGUGUCGCGCACGCGGCCCCAGCGCUACCAGAACGCGCGCGCCUUCAAGAACGACAAAUACGAUACCAGCGCCCGGCGCAAGAAAAUAAAUGCUAAGCUUCAUGAUGGAGUGUGUCAGCAUUGCAAAGGUAUCUUGGAGUGGCGGGUAAAGUUCAGCAAGUACAAACUACUAUCAAAACCUAAAAAAUGUGUGAAGUGCCUCCAGAAGGCUGUAAAAGAUCCUUACCAUAUUAUUUGUCGACCAUGUGCUGGUAAACUAGAAGUUUGUGCUAAAUGUGGAAAAGAAGAAGACAUAGCGAUUCCGAUUGAUAAAGGACAAGACAGAACUGAGAGUCUAAGUACUGAAAAUGUCCAAGAGAGCAGUGGAUUAGAGGAUGAGCUGGAAUCUGAUACAAACUUCAGUAGUGAUGAAGAUUCUGUUGUGCUUGAAGAACGAUUUAAAAGCAUGAAUUUUGAAAGGACAGAAAAUUAAAAGGUUGUUUUUAUAUGGCAGAAUAUAUGCUAUCCAAACUGGUAAACCAAUGUUUUCCUUAAACUGCUCUGAAAACAUGAUCUGACACUUAAGGUCCUUGCAUAUAAAUGUUGACACCGUGUAUUAUGAUGCUUGUUGGAGGUUUUGUAUAUUUUUUUUUUUUUAUUAAUAGGGGAAUUUCUUGUGGAAAGACUCGGAAAUUGAAUCUUUGAACAUAAUUAUUUCUUGCACACAGGUAACAGCAUUCUGUUUCUGUGGUAUAAAGCCCCUUUGUCUUCUAAAUUUGCUGCUAAUGCAACGGUCGCAUUGCCACUUGGAGAACUAUAUGAAAGUCUAGAGUGAGUAGUCUUGUCAUAAAAAGGAAGGGCUAAAUCAUCUGUGAUAGCUUGGUGAAGGAAGAACUUGUGACUUCUGUCAGUGCACUUCCAAACAGGGAAGGCCUUAGGAAUAAAAUUUUUUUGCCUUUUAUUUGUUUAAAUUUGACUUUUGCUUUUGUCUUGUACGUUAAAACACCUUUUUAUGUUUCUUAAACUUAGGAUAAGUAUUGUAUCUUAGAAUCUAAGACAUGUUUUUCUAAAUAAAAAACCUGCCUGGUUUCUUGUAUUUAUUUUUAAUUUUCAGUCCCAUUUAAUUUUUUUGCACAGGUGGAUUUUUGGUAUUUUAUGAUAAUCACUAGCAGUAAACUAUUGAAAAACAUUCCAUUAGCCUCUGUUCCUAUGAUGCCUCUUUUGUGUCUUUUCACUGAGACAAAGUCUAAAAUUUACUAACUUUUU